AUGAAGACCCUGACUUACGUGUGUCUGCUGAUUUGUGCCAUGAUGACUGAGUGGAGCUGCUGUUACACUCCUGUGUUGGUUUUGGAUCAUGUUUUGCUUGUAAAGUUAAGAAUUUUAAGACAUUUCUACUGUAAAAAUCCUCCAGAGGUCCGAGUCAAGAGGGCAUCAUCUUGUCCCAGUGGUUGGUAUGAGAUCAGUGGUCGCUGUUUCCGCUACGUUCCCAGGACCUUGUCCUGGACUGGUGCAGAGAGCAACUGCAUGUCCAUGGGUGGACAUCUCGCAUCAGUUCACAGCAGUGAUGAGUAUCUUGACAUUCAGAACUUGAUAAUAAAGCUCAUACAUCAGUACAAUGAGACAUGGCUUGGAGGAUCGGAUUUAUAUCAAGAGGGACACUGGCUUUGGAGGAUGGAACACCUUUCGGGUAUAACAACUGGUGUCUCGGAGAGCCGAAUAAUGGUCAAGACACUCAUAACUGUUUGCAAAUUAAUUAUUCAGGCCAAAAAUGCUGGGAUGAUCGAAAAUGUCAAGAAAAGCUUCCGUCCAUUUGUGCUAAAACGGCCAAAUUAUCUGUGGGUCUGAUCUGAGUUGUGAAGCUUCAUGUGUUUGUGUCGUAUGUCGGGUGGAGGCUCCAUAUGUCAUGACACAUCUUUAUUUCUUUGCUGUAUCUGUAACGCUGCUUCAGGGAGGAAAAGACACGUUAGCCUGAGCUGGAUGCAAAGGCUGGGAUGAAAUGGGCACAUGGAAUGGUUACGAAAAGACGCUUUUACUGAAAACUUUAUGCUGAAAUGUGAACUUUAUAACACAAAUUAAAAAGCUUUAACCAUUGAAAAAAA